AGUACCUUACUUCCUCAUCUGGUCUGCUAUCUCCAGCUUCUGCGCUGCUUCUCUGAGGGUAUCACGAUGGAAAACGCCACAGUUUACAACUUCACCAGUCCCGCCGUGACAUCCAUUUCUAUCUUAACAACAGCAGAACCCAAAGACCACCUCAGCCAGCCUAUCAGAACCACUCUUAUUGUUAUCUACAUCAUCGUGCUUCUAGUAGGCAUUACAGGAUUGACCUUCAUGAUCAGCUUAUUAAAAACCAACAUUCGCUCAUUAACCACUAUUGCCUUCUUGAACCUGAUGGUUUCCCACUUCCUAUUUCUGAUCACCGUGCCAUUCAGAAUCUACUACUUUGCAUUGAUGGAAUGGAAGCUAGGCCCGGGUUUUUGUAAACUGGUCAGCGCCAUGGUGCAUCUCCACAUAUACAUGGUGUUUACCAUCUACGCCAUCCUCCUCACUCUCCGUUUCCUGCAUUUCUACAAGAAGACGCAAAGGACUGAGUUCUAUCGCCGUUUGCAUGCAUUGGGCAUGAGCGCUUUUGUCUGGUUUCUCUUAUUGGUCAUUGUACUACCUCUGGUUAUAAGCAAAUAUGGAGAUAAAAACAAGGAGGAAACAAAAACAGCAAUGCAGCAAAAAGAGCAAUGCUUUCAUUUUGAGCAGAUUCUGGAGAACAAAGCCGUCUACGGCCUCAAUAUUAUUCUGUCUUUGGUAAUUAUCACUGUGUCGUGCGUUCAGGCCUGCGUCCAGGUGAGCAUCCUGCGCACGAUGAUACUUAAGUAUGGAGCCUCCAGUCGCUCACAGCAGGAAUUUUGGGUCCAGAUGAAAAACCUCUGCUUUGUUCUCAUCAUGCUAAUAUGCCUGGUGCCGUACCACAUGUUUCGCAUGGAAUACCUGAAUAGACCGAAUGAGCUUAGCGAGAUAAAUGAAGUCUUUUUGGCCAUCACAGGACUUACGUGCUUUGAUAUGCUGACCUUCGCGGGGAAGGGGAUGUGUACGAUGUGUACGUGCUGCUGAAAAGGACAACAUGUAUAUUAUGCCAGGCCCGUAGCCAGGGGAGUUUUGGGUGAUUCGAAAGACCCACUUCCCUUCUGACAAAGUCCAGAAUUUGGCCCCUAUAUGAGCUCGUUUGUCCUAUUUUUGACAUUACAAAUUGUGAAAAUAACCAAUAGAAGAAGACUUCAAGAAGAAUAACCAAUAAAAAAAGCUUUUAUUAUAUAAAUUUGCAAAUUCUGACUGAGGAAAUGAGCUGGCCAGUUUGUUAUUUGCAUAUAGACUACAGUUUUUAAAUUGGUCACACUUUACUUUGGUCUGUUUUACACUAUAAGUUACAUGGCACCUACAUGCCAACUAAUUCUCAUUAGAUUAUAACUAGACUGUAAGGUUGGGGUUAGGGUUAGUGUAAGUAGACAUGUACUGUACUUGCAUAGUGUCUUAAAGUCAGUUAAAUGUCUGUUGAAGGAGCAGUAAUCAACAGAUAUUAAGCAAACAGUCUACUAAUACUCUAAUGGACCAUCAAAAUAAAGUGUUACCUUUAAUUUAAAACCAUUAUUAACAG